CCAAUUUAAUAAUCUUUGGUCGUCUAACAGUCUAAUUGUCAAUGUCAGUGAUCUAAUCAUUACUUUCGCUUGUCAGAUUUUGCAUUUUUGUAUUUUUAUUUGUACGAAAAGCUUAGAAUUAAGUUAAAUACUUUGAUUUUUCUUUUGAUGAUUAAAGUUCACACUUGAAGCAAAGCUUUUAUGGAUUUUACACCUUUAAAAAGUUAGGUUAAAAUGACUCACAGAACUGCUGUUAAUUUUUUAUCAAAGUUUCAUAAGCCAGGACUAUUGAACACCAUACUAUUACGCUCGGGCAUUGGAGAUUCGCUUUUAGGAAGGGGGCAUGUCUAUAAACAAAUUCCGUUAAUAACACAUCUUGAAUCAAUAAGAACAUUUGCAACUACUCCUACCGCACUUCCUGACCUUUCUAAGUUGGAACAGAAAAAAUAUGAAGGAAAAUUUCAAAUAAUGUUUACAUGUAAGAUUUGUAAUCAUAGAAAUUCAAAAUUUAUAACAAAAUUAGCAUAUUACAAAGGUGUAGUUAUAAUUAUAUGUGAUGGUUGUGAAAACAAACAUCUCAUAGCAGACAACCUUAAUUGGUUCACCGAUAUGAAUGGAAAGAAAAAUAUAGAAGACAUUAUGGCUGAAAAGGGUGAGAUUGUACAAAAAAUUAUGUCUGAAGACUUAGAAUUUAUCCUCAAAGCCACUAAAGAAGAGCAGAAAGCAAUACCUGCAUUGGAAAGCUGAAAUGAAUAAUAAACUACUGUAUGUUAUGUAUUGUUGAUUUUAGA